UCAGGCACAGAGGAGAGUAAGAGUUUCUUGUAUCAACAGCGUAACAACUGAUCACCCACCUGUUAUUUAAAACAGUAGAACGCCAGGGAGGACUUUUCUAAUGCUGGAAUAGAGGCGUGCCCUUGCCUUGAUGUCCUUAUUGGAGAAAAUGUCUACAGCAGAUCUGAUGGAGAAUCUGAGGGAAGAACUGACCUGUUUCAUCUGCUUGGACUAUUUCACCAGCCCCGUGACUACUGAGUGUGGGCACAGUUUUUGUCUAGUGUGUCUCCUGAGGAGCUGGGAGGAACACAACACUCCUUUAUCCUGUCCUGAAUGCUGGAGGUCCUUGGAGAGCCCACACUUUCAGCCCAACGAGCGUUUGGGGAGGCUGGCUGGCAUCGGCAAGCAGCUCCGAUCCCAAGUGCUGCAGAAUGAGGGUGAACAAGACAUCUAUGCAAGAAUGCUGGCAGGCACUAAGGUGUUCUCUGAGGAUGGGCAGGGUGUAAACAUUUUCUCAACUCAGUGUCAUGGAAUAAACAGAUUGCAUCCCUUGAGUGAAGCUGAGGAGCGUCACAAAGAGAAACUCCAGGAAAUCCUAAAUCUUUUGCAUAAAAAGAGAAAGGAAACUCAGGUUGUAUUAACCCAUGAGAAGGAGAGAGUAAUACUGUGCAAGGAAGAGACAAAGGCCUGUAAACAGGUUGUUGUGUCAGAAUAUGCAAAAAUGCACCAGUUUUUGAAGGAGGAGGAGCAGCUGCAGCUCCAGUUACUGGAAAAGGAGGAAAGAGAGAACAUGAAGAAACUAAGGGACAACGAAAUCAAGCUGACCCAACAAACAAGAAGCCUGAGCAAAAUGAUUGAACAGAUAGAGUCCACAUGUCUGAACUCCAUUAUAGAAUCUUUUGAGGAUGUGAAAGGCACCCUGGAAAGGACUGAGCCACUCUUGCUUCAAUGUCCAGAAGCCACCACCACGGAACUGACUCUCUGCCGCAUCACUGGAAUGAGGGAGAUGCUAAAAAAAUUCAGCACGGAUAUAACUCUGGAUCCAGCCACAGCCAAUGCCUAUCUUGUCCUGUCUGAGGAUCUGAAGAGCGUGAGGCACGGAGGAGUCCGACAGCACUUACCAGACAAUCCAGAACGAUUUGACCAGUCAGCAACGGUGCUGGGCGCUCAGAUCUUCACCUGUGGGAGACAUUACUGGGAGGUGGAAGUGGGCAACAAGACUGAGUGGGAAGUAGGCAUCUGCAAGGACUCAGUGAGCAGAAAGGGCAAUCUACCAAAGCCACCGGGGGACCUCUUCUCACUUAUAGGCUUAAAAAUUGGAGAUGAUUAUAGUCUUUGGGUCUCAUCACCUUUAAAAGGUCAACAUGUCAGAGAGCCUGUGCAUAAAGUUGGUGUUUUCUUAGACUAUGAGUCUGGACAUAUAGCGUUCUACAAUGUGACAGAUGAGUCCCUUAUCUACAGCUUUCCUCCGGCCUCUUUCCAGGAAGCUCUCAGGCCUAUCUUCUCCCCUUGCCUCCCAAAUGAGGGGACGAACACAGGCCCUCUUACCAUCUGCUCACUGAACAGUUAUGUCUGAGGAAGAUACCCCGGAGCUUUCACUAAGGAUGAGGUCUAAGACCAACAGAUAAUUAUUAAUUAAGAUGAUUAAUGCAAUGGCACUAUUAACAUCAGGUGAUCUGAAAGGAAAGCCCCACCCCCCACCCCACCGAAGAGUUUCCAUUAACUGGAGCCACAAUCAACAGCCAAAUUGGACAACCAACUUUCAACAC